UCUCUCUCUGAUCUCUCAAGCACACACGCUCACAUAAUGGCAGAUUUUAGUAGUAGAAUGGCCGUGAGCCAUUUUUUUAUCAUAUUUUCUCUGAUCUACUUCUCAGGCUUUGGAUUUCUUCGAGGGAUCACAGCACUUGGAAUCAACUAUGGUCAAGUGGGAGAUAAUUUGUUAUCACCCCAAAAAGUCCUCCAUCUUUUAAGCUCCCUUAGGCUAACAAAAGCAAGAAUCUACGACACCAAUCCUCAAAUAUUGACGUCAUUCGCCAACUCCAACAUAGAACUCAUUGUCACAGUCGAAAACGAAAUGCUAGCUCAGUUGAUCUACCCACAGCAAGCCCUUCAGUGGGUAAGCACCCAUAUCAAGCCUUACUUUCCUGCUACAAGAAUCACCGGAAUAGCAGUCGGAAACGAAAUAUUCACGGGCGACGACACAACUCUAAUGGCGUAUCUUGUUCCAGCCAUGGUCAGUAUUCAUGGUGCUCUAGUUCAAUUAGGUCUAGACUCACACAUUCAAGUCUCGACACCCAGUUCUCUUGCUGUUCUUGCCGAGUCAUAUCCACCUUCGGCCGGAAGUUUCAAAAGCGAAGUCUACGCCACCAUGUCUCAAGUACUAAAGUUCUUGGCAAGCACCAAAUCACCCUUUUGGAUCAAUGCCUAUCCAUAUUUUGCAUAUAAGGAUGACCCAGAAAGGAUUUCUCUGGACUACGUUCUUUUCAAUCCUAAUUCAGGAAUGGUCGAUCCUUAUACCAAGCUGCACUAUGACAACAUGCUCUAUGCUCAGGUAGAUGCAGUCAUUUUUGCUAUUGCUAGGAUGGGUUAUGACGGAAUAGAGGUUAGAGUCUCUGAAACUGGUUGGCCAUCGAAAGGGGACCUCAAUGAAGUUGGCGCCACGAUAGAGAAUGCUGCUGUUUACAACAGGAACUUGCUGAGAAGGCAACUGCAGAAGGAAGGGACACCUUUGAGGCCUAACAUCAGGGUUGAAGUUUAUCUUUUUGCUUUGUUCAAUGAGGAUUUGAAGCCAGGACCAACUUCAGAAAGGAAUUAUGGUCUGUAUCAACCAGAUGGAACCAUGUGUUACAAUGUAGGACUCUCUACCUUAUCAAGCACUUCCUCAACUUCAACAACUUCCAUUUCUCUUACUUCCUCUGCCACAAAGGUAAAGCCAUGAUGUAAUAUUUCUUCUCGACCAGUCAAAUAUAUUUAAUUUUAUUGGCUUAAAAAAGGAAAUUGUGUAUAUAUAUAUAGCAAUAGAAAAAGAAGUGUAUAUCAUCAAUGUAAUGAUCAUCAUAUAUGACCAU